CCAAACCAACUACUUCUCUCAAUUUCUUCUCUAUAAUGACCAUUAAUUCCUCACAAAUCUCCGACAUGGCCGCGGUCGACAACGAUAACGACGACUCCCAAUUCCCUCUUCCCGGAUUCCGCUUCCACCCAACCGACGAAGAGCUAGUCAACUUCUACCUCCGACGUAAGGUCCACAACAAACCCCUCCCCAUCGAACUUAUCAAACAAAUCGACAUCUACAAAUAUAGCCCUUGGGACCUUCCUCAUGUGAGUAAUGGGUCCUUGGGGGAAAAAGAAUGGUACUUUUUUUGCAAAAGAGGGAGGAAGUACAAGAACAGUGUGAGACCAAAUAGAGUAACAGGAUGUGGGUUUUGGAAGGCAACAGGAAUUGAUAAACCAAUUUAUAUUAAUGAUCGUUCUGUUCUUGUUGGAUUGAAGAAAACUCUUGUUUAUUAUCGUGGAUCUGCUGGUAAAGGCACUAAAACUGAGUGGAUGAUGAAUGAAUUUCGUCUUCCUUCUUCUACAUCAGAUCCCUUUCGUAGGAAUAUUGUCACAAAUAACCUCCAUGAAGCUGAAAUUUGGACUUUGUGUCGUAUAUUCAAAAGAAACAUCUCAACUAAAAAGGCCAUUAAUGCACCAAACUGGAGGGAGGUUCCGUCGGCCAAAAGCCGAGCUGUGGAAAACACGAACUUUAGAGCAACAAAAAAUAUCGAUUUCGAUAGAUAUUCAGAUGACAAUCAACAAAGUAGCUACAUAAGUUUUACCUCGAACAAUUCGUUUACCAAUUUUGAUCAUGUGAACGACGUUCGAAAUUUCGAUCACAGUCAAAUGUCUCAUGGCGGUCAAUUCAUGACGAAUUUUUGCACCUCAACUGAUCUGCUACCAUCGGCCGAUAAUAAUUCGUCAGCAAAUGUAUCACCGUCAUCGUCGAGCUUUUCGGAUUUUGAUGAGGAUGCCACUGAUUUGUUUGGUUAUGAAAAAUGGGAAGAGCUCAAAUCAAUUUUGGAGUGUGAUUUUGAUUCAUUGAAUGAGUUUUAA